AUGGAAUUUAAGCUUUUGCAUGGACGAGAUCCUCAAAAGCGGCCAAGUUUCGGCAACUUGUCUCGCGAGGAGAUCGACAUGUUUAUGGCAUAUGGUGGCUUUCAAGUUGCGAAAACGGUUCCUUGGAGGGCAGGAAAAUUAGAGCAUUCAAAAGAACAUCAAGGUGGUAUUAAGCCGAUCGGAACAACUCCAAAAAAUUCGACGUCGAUUCAACAGACCCAUCCUAAUGGAAUAAAAUCCCUUCCUUCUAAGGAAUCAAAAAAUCGAGUUGAAACACAACAUCCGUCUCACAGUUCUAAAAUUCCGAAUGGAAUUCCAUCAACAAUAUUACCUUCGGAUACAAGCACUAAAGUCAAUUGUGACCUCGGGAAUGAAACCAACAAAUUUUCCAAUGGAAAUCUAUCCAUAAACAAACCAGUACUUGAUGAUAAUGGUCCGAAAGCUCAUCAAACGACAUCACCUGAGCUUAACUCGGCAACUCCUAGAAAUAUUUCAAAUGUUAAUAACGUAUCACCAUCGAUAAAAUAUAAUGGUGUUAAUCUUCCUGUUAGUCAUUUACCGGCGAUCAAACCUAAUGGUGUCAAUAUCCCUUCCAAAGAAUUAUCUUCAAUCAAAUCUAAGGUUGUCAAUAUCCCUACUAGAGAAAUGUCAUCAAACAAUUUUAAUGGUGUUAAUUAUUUUCAAUCGCAUCAAAAAACUCCAAACAUUUUAAAUUCAACAGUCGAAUCAAAUACAACAAAUACUUCAAAGAUAUCUUCAAGAGAUUCUUCUCUAAAGAUUAAAACUAAUAAUCUUCCAAAUAACAGCCACUCGUCUCGAAAUUCACCCAAUAGCUCAAACGGCUCGAUUCGCACAUUAUCACCAAAGUCUCCUUCCCCCUUAGUUUUUAAUGAGAAGAAAGAACUCAAUGAUCUUCAAAGUGGUUCUAAUCGUUCAACAUCACCACCAAAAUCACCUAUGGUCUCUACCGAGCAGAAACAAAAUAAUAGGCAUCAAAAUGAGACAGAUUCCAGCGUUUCAUCAUCAUUUUCUACAAGUGAAAAUCUUUCCUCGACACCCACUGUUAAGCAACCACAGAGAAGUUGGGCAGACAUUCUUAAGACCAGUCCUGAAAAUCCUCAGAAAGGUGCCACCGCUGCAUCAAAUUCUUCAGUUAAUAAGCACAUAAAUCAAAACAAACAACCAAAAUCAAUUGUUUCUUCGGCUAACGGGAAACCAAAGGUUGAAGCUCUCUCUGAUGUGUUGCUUAAUUUUCAACCAACAUUCAGCAAUCGACUGUUGCAGCCUCGAGGACUUGUGAAUAACGGCAACACUUGUUUCAUGAAUGCGAUCUUACAACCUUUAUCACACUGUCCACCAUUCUAUAACUUAUUAAUACGAAUAGGCAACGAAGUUGCCCAUAGUUUUAAUAGUAAAACACCUUUGGUUGACUCUUUAAUCGAGUUCAUGAGAGAAUUUCGUGAGGCUAAAAUCGAUGGUCUCGAUGAGGAUUUUGGAGAACCGUUUGUUCCAGAAUAUGGCCGUCAAGAAGACGCAGAAGAAUUUCUUGGCUUUUUAUUAGAUGGUCUUCAUGAAGAACUAUUAGCAGUUAAAAAUAUACAAUCUAUUAUAGCAUUCAAGGGUCCUGAUUCCCGAGACACUGCGGGUCACAAAAAUAUCCCAGGAGAAUCGACACAUUCGAAUGUCAGUAAACCAACCAAUGAUGGUUGGUAUGAGGUUGGACCAAAAAACAAGGCUACUAGCGCUCGUUUGGAAUCUCCAAUCAGCAGAAUAUUUGGUGGUCAAGUAAGGUCUGUCUUGAAAUGUCCGGGAAGUUUGGAUUCGGUUACCUAUCAACCGUUUUCAUCAUUACAGUUGGAUAUACAGCCUGAUGACGUUCGUACUGUAGAGGGGGCUCUGAUGAAAAUGAUUGAACCAGAAAUAGUUCAUGAUUAUUAUUCAAAAAAAGGUGCAAUGGUUGAAGCCCACAAAAGGUUAUAUUUGGAUAUACUACCACCAAUUCUUAUCCUUCAUCUAAAACGAUUUGUAUAUGAUAAUGUCGGCGGGACCCAAAAACUUCAUAAAACUGUUGGAUAUUCGACGCUGCUUAAUAUACAAUCAGAGAUCAUAACGCAGAAUAAAAAACAACGCAGUCCAAUAACAUAUCAACUAAUAGGAGUUGUAUACCAUCAUGGAAAAUCUGCAACUGGCGGUCAUUAUACCUGCGAUAUUUUACGACAAAAUAAUCAAUGGUUACAUGUAGAUGACACCACAAUCACGCCAAUUACUGCCGAAGAUGUCGUCGUUACAGAAAACUCGACAAAUGCGACCGAUCGGCUUGCAUAUUUACUUUUUUAUAUGAAAAUAUAA